GAGAACCGAAGUGAACUGUCAAAUGUAUCCGAAGAUUUUCUACAUUUUUAUGUUUUUUCAUUAGUUCUUUGCGCUAUAAUACGCCAAACGCAAACUGUUUCCAGCAGUGGUGAGACCUGUGCUACGAGUUUGACGGACACGACAUCAAAAGUGAAAAAACGCCACCGAAAAUAAAAACUGAAAAAUCAAAUAAACGUUUUUGUUUUUUCGUGUCAAAUUUUCGUGUUGUGUGUGCGGUGUUUUAAAAUUCUAGAAAUCAAUAAACGGAUUUGUUGUAAUUUUGUUUUUAUUUCGUGUGGAUUUCGAGACGAAUCAACACAGAUCAAAAACCAAAAACAUCGUCGAUCGAUUUGAGCGUGUGUGUGUGUAUUGAUUUCAUAGCAAUCGUUAAGGUCACUAAAUCGAAGUAAUCACCCCUUCAAACAAAGCCAAUAUGCCGCUCUUUGGAAGAUCACAAAAAACACCGGCCGAAUUGGUGAAAGCUCUCAAGGAGGCCGUUACUGCACUGGAACGAGGCGACAAAAAAGCGGAAAAGGCUCAAGAGGACGUUAGCAAAAAUUUAGUUCUUAUCAAAAGUAUGUUGUACGGUACAUCGGAUUCGGAGCCACAGACUGACUACGUCGUCGCACAAUUGUCACAAGAAUUGUAUAACAGUAAUUUAUUGUUACUUUUGAUUCAGAAUCUAAAUCGCAUUGAUUUCGAAGGCAAGAAAGAUGUGGCACAAGUUUUUAAUAAUGUACUUAGACGGCAAAUUGGCACUCGGUCACCGACUGUUGAAUACAUUUGCACAAAACCGGAAAUUCUAUUUACGCUAAUAGCUGGCUAUGAACACCAAGAAAUCGCACUGAACUGUGGAACAAUGUUACGUGAAUGCGCACGGUACGAAGCAUUGGCCAAAAUUAUGUUACAUUCAAAUGAAUUCUUCAAUUUUUUCCGUUACGUUGAAGUAUCAACAUUUGACAUUGCAUCUGAUGCAUUUUCUACGUUUAAGGAACUACUAACACGUCAUAAAAUGCUGUGUGCUGAAUUCUUGGAAGCAAACUAUGACCAGGUGUUUACACAUUAUCAACAAUUGUUAAGCUCAGAGAAUUAUGUAACACGUAGACAAAGCUUAAAACUAUUGGGCGAAUUGCUAUUGGAUAGACAUAACUUUACAGUAAUGACUCGGUAUAUUUCAAACCCAGAAAAUUUGAAGCUUAUGAUGAAUAUGCUGAAAGAGAAAUCACGUAAUAUUCAAUUCGAAGCCUUCCACGUGUUCAAGGUAUUUGUGGCCAAUCCAAACAAACCGAAGCCAAUAUUGGACAUAUUGCUGCGAAAUCAGGAGAAAUUAAUAGACUUUCUAACGAAAUUUCAUACCGAUCGAUCGGAAGACGAGCAAUUUAACGAUGAAAAAGCCUAUUUGAUUAAGCAAAUAAAAGAACUGAAACCGAUGGCAAGCAGCAGUGCAGCUGGUUCGUCAUCAAAUGCUGGUGGUGCUGGCGGUUCGAAUGCAACAACACCAACCACACCGCCGGGCCCAUCAAUAUCAGGAGGUAAUUCAACGGAAGGAUACACAAGUUUCAAAUGAAGCAUGCCGCUUUUGGUUUGUUUAUUUCGAUUUACAAAUUAUGAUUAUUAUUAUUUUUUUCGGUAUUUUAUUUUUUUUUUUGUUCGUACAACAAGUACAACACCUGAAUAUCGCAAUGCAAUGCAAACAAAACUAAAUACAAAUCACAGUAACAAUAACAAUAACAAUAAUAGAAUGGCACAAGCAAUCGAUGAAUACCACUAUUUUUUUGCAUUCAGCAGUUAACAUCUAUUUAUUUAAAAACAAAAAUUCAUUUUAUGGCGAGCAGUUAUUGUGUGUUUAUGUUGACCAUUGAACCGAGGAAUUAGAAUUGAUUUUUCUCUUUUUUGAAUAAAAUCAUCUUUUUCGCAUCAUUUGCUUUUCUUUUCUUUUUCGCUGAAUGAAUGUGCUACCUGUUUCUUUAAUUCUAAUUUAAACAAAAAAAUACCUAUUCAUAAGGAAAACCAAUCAAAUGAUUUAAGCUUUAGCUCGUUUUAAAAUGAUCGUUUUUUUAGAGAGAGAAAAUUGCCGAAAAUGGACAUGUUUUUCUCUGUUAUUUCUUGAUCUUUGUUAACAAAUAUUGAAAAAAAAAAGAAGAAGAUAAUAACACGCUGUUACAAGAAAUAAAAAUCCUGUAUGAAGAAAGCAUGAAACACUUUUUGAUAAAAAGGAAUAGAUAAUGCAUGCUUUUAAAAUGUGUAUUUAUUUUGUUAACAAAAUAUGAAAGACUCAA